AUGGAACAAGAAUCAAGCAUUCUCCCUCGAGUUAAGGUCAUCGACACUGAAAAGUCUGAUGGCUAUGACACAAGAGCCGAUGUUUGGUCUCUGGGAGUUACGGGGAUCGAGCUUUGGGAAGCUGAACCACCACUGGCUGGAGUUCCGCCAAUGAAAGCCUUCUCCAUGAUUACUCAUGGACCACAUCCUCUUUCCCUCUACCCCUCGAAACCCCCACCGGAUAUUGAUGUAUCGCCGGACGAUGUGCUUAUUCCAGUCACUGAUCAGAUGCCUGCGGAGAUGUAUGAUUUUCUGACUAAAUGCUUGGAUAAAGACAAGUCUCGUCGACCUUCUUCCGCGGAAUUGCUUCAGCAUCGAUUUUUGGCGGGAGUGCCUCACUACCUUCAAAAAUUAUCUGCAAUGUUAACUGAUUUCCACAAAGCCCAAGAUGCUCAUCUUGAGGUCCCUUAA